AUGGUCGGAUAUAGUGAUUAUGAUGAAAAAGAUGUCACAGAUCUCAGAAAGGAUGAUGAAGAUAAUGAUGACGUAAUGCAACAAGUAAAGUUGACUGCAGAUUUACUUGAUUCAGUAAAAACAAUAAAUACAUAUUAA